UGGGGUAGGUAGGUGUAGCCUCUGCCUUUCCAGCCAUCGUCAUGGCUUCCGUCGUAAGAGGGGGAGUGAUAUGGACUACGACGGGAGCCAGUGGUAGAACGACGACGAAUGGCCCACAAGUGAUUGAUGUGUGCGGGUCAGAAAUACACAGCUCGUGUGUGAUCGUACGGCGAGGAUCGCGAAGCAUCGCUGUAGGACCAUGUGGAGGGAGAGGAGCAGCAGCAGCAGCAGCAGCAGCAGGAGGAGGAGGAGGAGGAGGAGGAGGAUCAUGUUCUUCACUAGGAAUAACACACCAUCACCGUAUGAAGAUGACGUCAACAGCUAUGGCGGCGCUGGAUCAGCCGCUGUGUCUGCGUGAGCGCUGUCGGUCAUCGUCGUCGGCCGGAAGGCAUUUGAAGAAGUUGGAAAGUGCGCUUGGGAGCGGAAGCAGCGAGUUGGUUGGGCUCUGCUUGCCAAGCGGACCUGGCUCUUCCUCCUCCUCCUCCUCCUCCUCCUCCACCUCCUCCUCCGCCUUCCCCGCCUCCCCCGCCUUCUCCGUCUUCUCCUCCUCCUCCUCCCCCUUCUCCUCAUCAUCAUGUUCCUUCUCGUCUUCCGCCUUCCCCGCCUUCUCCUCCUCCUCCUCCUCCUCAUGUUCCUCCUCGCCCUACUCAUCUUCUUCUCCAUACUUCUCUCGUCGCUCUCCCGGAGUUUUUGGGCAGAAUCGGCGGGGGCACGCAUCGACAGCAGGCUCCGUGGACGCUCCUCUCGCUGAUUGGUCCCGAAAGCCGCGUCGUAUAGCUUUAUUCGUCGAGCCAUCGCCAUUUGCGUACGUCUGUGGCUACAAAAAUCGAUUUUGCAAUCUUAUCCGUUACCUGCGGGAAAUGGGUGAUGAGGUUAUGAUUGUGACAACCAAACCGGGUGCUCCGAAAGAGUUUCACGGCGCACGCGUUGUGGGCUCUGCCAGCUUUCCUUGUCCUUGGUAUAGAAUUCUCCCCCUCUCUCUCGCAGCAAGUCCAAGAAUUUAUGACGAGGUCAAAAGAUUCAAGCCGGAUAUCAUCCAUGCGUCAUCCCCAGGUGUCAUGGUAUUUGGAGCACUGAUAUUUGCCAAGUUAUUAAGCUUGCCUCUCGUUCUCUCCUACCAUACACAUGUCCCCAAGUACAUCCCCAAGUACACUUUCACCUGGCUGGUGAAACCAAUGUGGGCUGUCAUUAGAUUUUGCCAUCAACUUGCCGAUUUGACGUUGGUGACGUCUGCUGCUGUAGGCGAAGAGAUGGAAGCUGCAGGUGCAGCAGCAGUGGAGAAGAUUAUGGUCUGGAGAAUGGGAGUCGAUUCAGACGGCUUCAAUCCCCGCUGGAAAAACUGGGAGACUAGGAAAAUGCUCAGCAACGGAGAGCCAGAGAAGCCUUUAAUUGUGCAUGUUGGGAGACUGGGGGUGGAGAAAAAUCUAGACUUUUUGAGGAUAUUGAUUGACAGACUGCCAGGUGUGCGGCUUGCAUUUGUUGGAGAUGGCCCUCACAAAGAAGAGCUUAUGAAGCAAUUUGAAGGAACACCUACAGUUUUCACUGGGAUGCUAACAGGAGAAGACCUUUCGCAGGCGUAUGCAAGUGGUGACCUGUUCUUCACUCCCUCCGAGACAGAAACGCUAGGCUUUGUGGUUCUUGAGGCUAUGGCUUCCGGUGUCCCUGUUGUUGCGGCACGAGCUGGUGGUAUUCCAGAUAUUGUAAGCAAGGAGGGCACAACGGGCUUCUUGUAUACACCCGGAGAUGUUGAAGACGCCUUGCAGAAGAUCAAUGCGCUGAUUGAAUCCAAGGAACUCAGAGAAAAGCUACUGCAGCGGCCGCGGCUGUGGCUGCUUUUUACUGCUGUCGUCAUGACUACAACCACUCGUGCUCCUUUGGACGCCUCUCUUGCUGCUGCUGCUGCUGCUGCUGCUGCUGCUGCUGCUGCUGCUGCUGCUGCUGCUGCUGCUGCUGCUGCUGCUGCUGCUGCUAGGACUGGCAAUGCUACCGCAUCUGCUUAAGCUAGCACUGCCGGUGCACUGCGGCUACUGCUUCUGCUGCUGCUUCUGCUUCUGCUGCUUAACUAGCUGGUUCUUGGAGUCCCAUUCGG